GCUGCUAGCUGGGUGAGAGAGAAACUGAGCUGGGUUUUUCAAUCACAAAUACAUCCAUCCAUCCAUCCAUCCAUUUUCCAUACUGCUUAUCCUACACAGGGUCACGGGGAAGCCUGGAGCCUGUCCCAGGGAACUUGGUGCACCCUGCAACCGUGGGUGCAACCCUGGAUAGGGUACAAAUGCAUUACAGGGCACAACCGUACACAUACUCGCACAUUACAGACCAUUUAGAAAUUCCAAUCAGCCUACAAAGCAUGUCUUUGGACUUGGGGAGGAAACCAGAGUACACAGAGGAAACCCCCAGAGCACGGGGAGAACAUGCAAACUCUGCGCACACACAGGAUGGCGGCUGGACUAGAACCCCCAGUCCCGGAGGCGCGAAGCAAACAUAUAUUUUAAUUUUUUUUAAAAAUCAAAAACCUAAUCAAAAAUACUUCAUUCCAUAUAAACAGACGGCCUGUCUAAUCACAAUACAGUGCAAGCAACAUCUAAAAAAGCGUUUGUCCUCCACAUAACUCUAGAGCUGAUUCAUCACGGUCGGUGUUCAGUAGUAGGUAGGUGUUCUUACUCCGCUGUAGGAAGAGAGGAACCGGAUGUGGGUGUUAAUUCGACACUGUGAGAGUUGAAUCAAAGCUGAACGUUAACUCAGUAGGAUGUUGUAGGUGUUUCUGACGGUAGAGGUGUCGGUGGUGAUGGCGGCGCAGGUGGGCGGGGCUUAAUCACAUCACAGAGCAGCAGCAUCUUAAAGCUCAGCAGCAUCUCCACCACUGCGCAGCAUUACGGGGACCAGCACCAACACUCCAGCCUCACCCCAGCCUCAACACAGCAUGAACUCAAAUUCCUAGAAAUCUUAAUCAUGAACGAUCGAGUUCGUGAGAAUUAAUUCAACGACUCGUCGUCUACCGUUCUGUCGAUUAGUACUUGUGUGUGUGUGUGUUUUUUCCCCCCGCCGGACCGCACAAGACGCGCCCCAAGUCUUCAAAAUGGCCGAGAUCACCGAAAUACGAGCAGCGUACGAUAUGUCCCCUGUACUUGCGGGCUUCAUCGGCGCCGGCGUACUGGUGGUUGCAGUGGUGGCCUUAAUCUUUGUGUGGACAUGCUGCCAAAAACGCUACCGCAGGAUGAACCACAAGCUCCAUGGUGUCCAGACAGAGUGUGGUGACCCGUUGACAGACCCGCCUUACAAGUUCAUCCACAUGCUGAAGGGCAUGAGCAUCUACCCAGAGGCGCUGACCAACAGCAAGAGAAUCGUGCGACUCGUGCGUCGAGCCGGCGGAAAUAGCACUGACGUUGAGCGAGAAGGCAAAGGGUGUCCUGUUGUGCUAGUGGACGUGGGUGCCGAGAAGAGUCCGAUGGCGACGCCUCAGUUUGAGGUAGGUGGUUUAGAUGAAAGCGCUCACCCAGCUCCACGACUAGAGAGGGAGCUUCCUGUUCACUCAGACUACUGCUGCCUGGAGAACAGCUCAAGCAGCUCAAGCUCAAGCACCACGGCAUCCAGCAGCGCCACGCCCUUCACUGACGAAGCCGAUCGCGGAACCCUCAGCCUCACCAUCGACUACAAUUUCCCCAAGAAGGCGCUUGUGGUGACUGUACUGGAGGCUCGAGGGUUACGUGCUGUGGAUAGCCAAGCAGGCAGUGCUGACCCUUACAUCAAGAUGACCAUCUUGCCUGAAAAGAAGCACAGAGUUAAGACCCGGGUCCUGCGCAAGACACUUGAGCCUGCCUUUGACGAGACGUUCACGUUUUACGGUGUGCCAUACAGCUCGGUGUCGGAGCUCACGCUGCAUUUCCUCGUGCUGAGUUUCGACCGCUUUGCUCGCGAUGAUGUGAUUGGCGAGGCGUUGGUGCCACUGGCUGGUGUGGAGCUCAGCACAGGCAAAGUGCAAAUCACACAGCCAAUCAGCAAGAGAAGCAUGCAGUGCGUGAGCCGUGGGGAGCUGCUGGUGUCUCUGUCGUAUCAGCCUGUCUCUCAUAGACUCAGUGUGGUAGUCCUGAAAGCUAGACACCUUCCCAAACUGGACAUCACUGGCCUGGCUGGAAACCCGUAUGUGAAAGUGAACGUGUUCUACAACCGCAAGCGCAUCGCCAAAAAGAAGACUCAUGUGAAGAAAUGCACGCUGAAUCCUGUUUUCAACGAGUCCUUCAUCUACGACGUGCCCGCUGACCUGCUGCCUGACAUCUCUAUCGAAUUUCUGGUUAUGGACUUUGACCGCACUACUAAGAACCAGGCCGUGGGGCGUCUGGUGCUGGGAACACACAGUCCCUGCCCUUCUGGUGCCACCCAUUGGCAGGAGGUGUGCCAAAACCCACGCCGGCAAAUCUCCAAGUGGCACAACCUUGUCGAGUAUUGAGGUUUCUCCUGUCUGUUAAACAAAUACACACACAAACAUACGGAUACACACACAUAUACAGUACACAAUCAUAUACACAAACACACGAGGGAGACCUCAAGGCCCUAAGAGAGAGACGAUGAAUUAGAGCACUUCACAUGGACUUUUGAAAAACACAAUGAACUUUUGCAACAGCUAUGUAGUGAUAGUUCUCAAAUAGUCCUUUCUAAACAGUGCUGGUUUAGCCAUCAGUGAUGCACACGCUCUUACACAAACGUACAUACACAUACACACUGAUCAAUAGUAACUUAAGAGACCAAAAUAUUGCACACAAUGUACACCAUUUUGAGACUGUUAGAAGUACACUCUUCUGAACUUAGCAUUGAUUGUAUUUAUGUUUAAAUUAAGGUGUAACAUGUCUGCUUCCACAGACCUCACUACACUGCUGUAGUUCACUGUACCGCAUGUUUGAAUAACACAAGAUUUACUGUAAAAAAAAAAAAAAAAAAAUUGCAAGAAACCAAGCAAACAGCAAUCAGUGCUGAGAAGUGACGAGAUGUAUAAUGACUUUCAAGUGACACAGUACUGUGCAAACGUUUUAGGCACAUGCAGAGAAAUGCUGUAGAGCCUUCAAAAUAAUGAAAUGAAAUGUUUCUACAUUUAAAUAAAAAAAAAAAAAUACCGUAAACAGUAGUAAAUGAAACAAAGUCAGUAUGUGGUGUGACAAAAAUAAAAACAGUAGUCUCCAGUACAGUUUGUGUAGUUUUAUAAGGAAAUGAGCUGUAAGUUUUACUGAGCAUCUUGCAGAACCAGACACGGUUCUUCUGGAGACUUUCACAAUUGCUUCUUAUUUUUACAGCAAAACCCAGCAGCCAUCAUUGUGUUUUUUGUUUUUUUUUUGUCUGAAAAGUGUCACUUACGCAAUAUGCUACUUUCUUUACUGAUAUUUAAUUUUGUACUGGAAAACUAAUAUUCGAAAAUCUAAAAUGUUUUUCGUACUGACUCAAUAAUGUAGAAGUCAUCAAAUAAAAUAAAAAUCUAUAACAAAGUUUGUACUAAAAAAAACUAGGGUGCAUAAGACCUUUGCACAGUACUGUGUGUAUAAAAUUCUGGUCUUCUUUUGAAAAGGUUGAUUCAUUUUUGUCACUGUAAUACACAAUUAACAUGGGUGUAACAUGGGUUAAACACCAUCCAUGCAUCAUAUACGCCAUUGAAUGUGGGCUACAUUAAAAAACAACAACAAUGAAGCCAGUCCACAUAUACACAAGCUCAGUUUGAAUGUCACUACGUCUGUAAGAUCACACAUGCUCCAUGUAGCCACUUUUAUAAUUUUCUCUCAGUCUUUCUAUACUGUCUCUUUAUGUCACUGUAUAUACUGUACAAUAUGGAAAGGGGCACUGGUGUGUAUUUAAUAGGUAUUGUACUAUAUGCACUGAAUGCCAAUGGCAUGAUCGUUUUUGAUAAGGUGUGGUGUGUUUCCUAAAAAGCCUGUUAGAUCUAAUUGUACUGGGUUAGUACACUGUAAAGAUGAAGUCUGCCUUCCUACAGUAAGUUGUGCAAGGUACUGAACAUUAUAUUUUGGCUUUUUUUUUUAAUCUCUGACCUGGCAGGCUGGUGUGCAUUGCUUAUUGCAGCAGACUGAAUUGAUACCUGUCAGAUCGUGGCACUGCUGUACGCUGCACACACACCUGUCAAACUAUACAUCAUACACAGCUCCUCCUCUACUCUCCUUCAGCGCUCACAGUUUCAGUACAUUCACAGACAGCUGUUACACUGGCAACCUUAGCUGACAGUUUUACGGGGUCUUAUAAUGGAUGUGAUAGCAACUGAUAGAAUACUGAAAGGAAAAGGGCUUUUGCUUGUACAUGAUUUAAGGGUUCUCAUUACACAAAGUGAACACUUCCUCUGCUGUAGUCUGAGUAACAGUCCAGUUAAACGGUAAGUGGGAAAAAAAGUGUUCUUUUUUUUUUAAACGAGUAUUACUGAGUCAGAUGGGGAAACAAAAAUCUAAAUACUUACAGGGUAUCCAAAAGGUGUAACGAUUAUAAUUAAGUAAGUCAAAAAAUGCUAAUUGGACUUUUGUGUUGAAAUUUAAAAAAAAUUAAAAAAUAAAUAACUUGAUUUACAUUGCUGAAUGUUCAGUGACAUUUAAUAUAACACAUAUAACACAUUAACAUGUAUGUUGGUGUUCUGAAACACACUGAAUGUGCAAAUUAAAUGUGGUACAAAAAUUA